AUGGGUUUGACCCCGCGAAAAACGCCGCCACCUUGCCUUCGUGUCCGCUUCCGAAGUGAUAGCCCAAUUCACGAACCAGUUGGAGCGCGUCGACAUCGACGGCCUCCUCAGGAACUAUGGAGGGAAAGGGUCAUAAAGCCCCCACAAUUGCAUUUUGAAGUCUUGAUUAAGUCCUUCAAAGAGAAGCUGACCUUCGUGCAGCAGCUGGUCUCCACCGGAGGCGACAACGUCUUUCCAACCUUCUCUGUAUGCCAGCGAACUCUGAAGCAAUGGCAGCAAGCAAGAGUUUUGGAAACCGGCGCCCCGAUUAACAACCUAAGACGAGCCAAGACCGUAUUGAAGGACGAGGACGUCUACAUCAACAUCGACAAGUUCCUGGACACUUUAGCAGAGAGAAGGAUAAUCUCAGUCGCCCAAGAAAUCCAAAUCAGGGAUAUGUCAGACUACCACGCCAAGAUAGAUGCCGUGUUCAAGAUACUAUUCGCAAAGGAUGUUGAGAGGCAUUACAAAGAACUCAUAGAAGCCCUGAAGAGCAUGGACCGCCUCGACAUCGUCAGGAAGAUUCAGAUGUAG